AUGAAGCGGCCGCUGCGGGGGCCCUUCGCGGCGCUCCUCUUCGUCGUGCUCUGCGGCGCGGCCUCCUUCCCCUCCGCGCUCCGCCGGGCGCUGGCCCCGGCGGCCCCCGCGCUCGCCCCGCCGCCGCCGCCGCUCGAUCCCGCGCGCCUCAACGCCACGCUCCUCCGCGUCGCCGCCCUCGACGGCUCCGAGCCGUCCCUGCGCCGCGACGUCGACGACCUCCUCGAGGGCCGCCUCCCGGCUUCCGGGCGCGCCCGCGCCCGCGCCUGGCGCCGCGACAGGCUCCACCCGCUCCACCUCCGCCACCACCAGUUCCCCGUCCACCGCCGCGGCCACGCAGACCGCGACCACGCCGACUCCCUCCUCCACCCGCUCCCGCGCGAGGAGCUCCUCCUCGACCCCGCCCUCCGCCGCGCGCUCCGCUCCUGGCACCGCCUUCGCCGCUACGACCCCGCCGUGCUCCGCGACCUCCCCGCCGUGCUCUCUCUCCCCGCCCGCAUCCCCUCCUGCGCCGUCGUCGGCAACAGCGGCAUCCUCCUCCGCCACGCCCACGGCGCCCUCAUCGACUCCCACCACGCCGUCUUCCGCCUCAACAACGCCCGCAUCGUCGGCUACACCGCGCACGUCGGCGCCAAGACCAACCUCUCCUUCAUCAACAGCAACAUACUCCACCUCUGCGCGCGCCGCCCGGGCUGCUUCUGCCACCCCUACGGCAGCGGCGUCCCCGUCCUCCUCUACAUCUGCCAGGCCGCCCACUUCCUCGACGUCGCCGCCUGCAACGCCUCCUCGCUCGCCACCCACGACGCCCCCAUCUCCGUCACCGACCCUCGCCUCGACGUCCUCUGCGCGCGCAUCGUCAAGUACUACUCGCUCCGCCGCUUCGUCGCCGAGACGGGCCGCGCGGUCGAGGACUGGAACGGGGCGCACGACGCGGCGCUGUUCCACUACUCGUCCGGGAUGCAGGCCAUCAUGGUGGCGGUGGGAGUGUGCGACAGGGUGAGCGUGUUCGGCUUCGGGAAGGUGGCAGACGCCAAGCACCAUUACCACAGCAACCAGAAGAACGAGCUCGACCUCCACGACUACGAGGCGGAGUACGCCUUCUACCGCGACCUCGCCGAGCGCCCGCAGGUAGUCCCCUUCCUCAAGGACACUGGCUUGGCCGUCCCGCCGGUCGUGUUCUACCAUUAG